GCAUAGGCAAGUCUGUUCGACAAAAUUCCCCUUGACGAGCCGAUCGCCAGACACUUCGCUUUGCUAGCUCAGAAUCAGACCCGGACUUGUUCCGAACAACAUUCGAUUCAAACACGAACGACGGCAUUCCUUCGAUUACAAGCGUCUUCGUUCGUUCGCCUCGCACGCUCGAGCAUUUCGCUUUGCGAUGCAGCGUUCGUCGUGGCGAGCUUCGCAAGGAAUUAGUUCUACGCUGACGCUCCUUCGCCACGCGCCGUCGCCGACAUCUCCUGCUUCUCCUUCUUCUUUUGUGCCCAGAUGCUGCUUCGCCGCAUCGACUCUGCUAACGCAAUCGAACCUCCAAAGGACGCAGCAGCAGCAGCAGCAGCGAGCGAUCCCGGGCGAUUUCUUGAGAUGGGCUUCGCUCGGUUCCUGCAGAACGUCGAGAUUCGCCACCGGGUUCGCGCCGCUGGAGCCCAAGCCGUUGGAUUCGAUCAUGGACGUGGGGAGAGUGAAGGAUCGUUCGUCCGAGGAGAUAACCUCAGCUUGGGAUGAUUAUCAUCUUGGGCGAGGUCAUGUCGGCACCUCUAUGAAGGCAAAACUUUAUAGUCUGCUAGAGCAAAGAUCAGUUGAUUGCCGAUAUUUUGUCAUUCCUUUAUGGAGAGGAAGUGGUUAUACAACGAUGUUUGCUCAAGUACAAAUGCCACACAUGCUUUUCACCGGUCUUGAAGAUUACAAGGCAAGAGGAACUCAAGCAUCUCCUUAUAUGACUGUAACUUUCUACACGGAAUUUGCAGAGAGUAAGGACUUGGUUCUUAUUCGUGGAGAUGUCGUGUUCACCAGCAAGUUGAGCGACUCAGAGGCAAAAUGGCUUCUGGAGACAGCCCAGUCCUUCUAUUUGAACGAUACAAGGUACAAGCUGGUUGAGCGGUUCAACAAACAGACGCGGGAUUUUGAAUUCAAGGAUGUGUUACAGGCAUUGGACAUGCCCAUUCUGUAAUCUCUCAUCGUUACAUGAUUUUCUCUGGACACCCUGGAAGAGUUACUCACAGGGUCAUAAGAGUGGAGGUGUGUCACCGAUACCAACGGAUAUCAUCCUGAUUAGCGGAGACUAGAUGCAAAUUUGCUCAUGAAUUUUCUCGUCUUUUGUUCAGAAUUAUGCAUUGGAAUGGUGGGGCUUUGUCUUUUGGUAGCUCUCUCUCUCUCUCUCUCUCUCUCUCUCGAGAUUAUGAAGAGGAGAGAGUUCAUCUUUGUCAUUUGAUGAUAUGAAGCCUGUGUCAGAAAUAUGUGUAUUUUUGGGGAGAGAAAAUCAGGCAUGCAAUGUCCGAAGCAACAAGUUCGAGUUAUGGGGUUGGUUCGCUAAAAACGCCAUCUUUGAUGUCAAAGAUACAUGUUCUGUGACUUUGAAUAUGGUAUUGACCCUGUCCAAUGCUGAUGAAAGUGUUAAGACUAUUGAGACAGAGAGGAAUCUUUUC